AUGCUUCGCGAAGAAACGGAGAGCGAAAGGGUCAAUUAUAGAGCCGCAAGAGACGACGACCACGCGAUACGUAAUCAACGCAAGUCCCUGCAAACGCGACCCCGACGCGAUUUUCACUCAAUUAUAGUCACAGAUUUGCAUAUUGACAUAGCGACGAUUUGUGGGAAAAGAACGGGAUCGGAUUGUCUUUAUCUCGGUCGGAAAUAUUCGGACAUCGAUAAUAGAUUACAAGAGAGGAAAGGAAUCCUUACCGAGGCUAUAGGAGACGAGACGGAGGAUGAAGAACGGGAAAUCGAUGAAGAUCAAAGUGAGGAAGAGGACGCGAAGGUACGGGAAGUAAUACAUAGAAAUAGGAAAGAAACAGACGAAGUACACGAACAGGCGGAAAGAGAGGACGAAGACGAACGAAGAAACCAAGAAAAUGAGCGGAUCGGCGAAUGCGCGAUUUGCCGCGAUAUCGUUAACGACGCCAACCUCGGUGGAAGUAUCGCCGAUUCUGAGCAGAAUCCGCAUAACACCGAGGGCUAUCUGCUGUGUCAACGCUGCGUGCGAAAGUUUUCAAUUCGAUCAGGCGCGGAGCACCUUCAGCCUCGAAGAUCGCACGCCUGUCUCUCCCAAAGUAAAGAGGACAACGAUCGUCCUCGCGUGCGUUCGAGAAAAACGUACGACUCGCCGAUCGCGAUGUAUCUGCAACCGCCUGCGCCGCAGCAGAUUCACUUGUUGCCGGCACGUCGCGACCAAUGGGCCUGCGGCAAUUUCAAUAGGACGAGCCACCCUGCCGAAGAGGCGAACGAGACGCUCAAUUACGACGCGGAGAUGUCGAACGCCGUUUCGUACGUCGUAGUUGAUCGUCGUGAUCGAGGCGAUCCGCGGGAGGAACGUGGAGAGCAGUGUCAACAGCAGCAGCACAGCUAUUGCAAUCUGGCGACGCGGAGGAACGACACGGAUCGAUACAACGCCGAGAUUAAGGCCAAAAGCUUAUCCGUUGACUACUCCCGCAGACCCAUCCGCUGUCCCCGUCUGGAUUGCUCGGUGAACGUCGCCUUCUCGGCGCUAACUCAUCACUUCCUCUUCGAUCAUCCCGAGGUGCCCAUCCUCAGCGUCGAGCCCGGCGCCGAGAGCACGCUGGUCGUCAGUUAUGAAGCUCUCUCUUGCAACUCCAGCCGAUGCCUAGCUCUCUUAUUGGUCUCCGGAAAACUCUCAGACUCGGCAGCGAGACUGUUCGGUGGUAAUCAGAUCAACCUGAAAUAUCGAAACCGACUGCCGCUGCCUGUGUUGGCCGCGCGCUUGCACGGCAGUCGCUACGCCUGCUGCGAGGAGAUGCACGCCGGCGGAGAAGGUCAAUGCGAGAAGGACGUGAUCAUCGCCUGGGUGGCGGGAUUGGACAUCGGCGACACGUCGGCUGACAGACUUCGCUGCAGCAUCCAGGCCGUGGACAGCAUCGAGAACGGGGGAUUUCGUUCCCUUACGUACACGGGCCCGGUGACGUCCCUCAGAAGCGCCCAAUGCCCUCGCGAUGUCCUCUUGGCCGGCGAUUGUAUAGUGCUCCACGAAGGACUGAUCGGCCACAUCACGUCCGGCUGCACCAGCCUCAAUGUAAAUGUCAUUGUACAUUAAACCUCUUACGUGUAUUCGCCGCACCGGUACUCGUGCGCACCGAUGUGUCCGUGUACGUUGUAAGUACCGU